AUGGAAGAUGUCAAAGCAAAUUUAAUGAAGACAUAUACAGAGACAUGGAGACAGAUUAAUAGUGUUAAGCUUCUUCUUGAGAAAAAACAAGCCGAAUGUGAUGAAAUCCACAAGAAAAUGAAACUCGCUCAAGAAACUUAUGACUUAGCUAUGAAAAUCAAUCUUGCUGAUCUCGAAUCAGAAAUGCAUGUUAAGGAAAUGCUUGUUUUGAAAGCAGAAACACUUGCUGCACGUGAAAACUCUUUACAAAACAGUACUCCCGAAGCUCGUGAAAUUAACAGCAAGAUUGAACAAACAUUUGAUGAAGUCUAUAAGAUAGAAGCUGUUAUCACUCAAAGCAAAUCGGAUAUUUCUACUUAUCAGCAAGAUAUCGAAACAAUAGAAAAAGAACAUGUUGAAAAGCGUGAACAGUCGUCGAAGAAAAUUGCAUCCAUCUAUAAGAAUAUACAAAACCUUCGUGAAGAAGUUUCGCAGUUCAGAUCAAAUAAUCUUUCUAAUUUAAUUUCUGUUCAGAAUGACGAGCUGAACAAAGAGAUUGAAGUUCAAACAUCCCAAACAAUAUCAAUGCUAUUUACAGAAUUCUUUAAUUCCGCAAAUGCAGUUACAGAAGCCUUAAAGAAUCCAGAUUCAGCUUCCGAUGUUAUCAAAGCUGAAAUAGAAAAAUGCAAGAUUCUCGAGAGCAAGAUUCCGAAGCAUCAAGCCGAAAAAUCUUACGAUGACAUCAUGGAAAUGCAAGAAAAGACGAAUAUUCUUUUCCAACAGAUCAACUCAUUCGAAGACCAGAUCAAGCUUUCCAUCAAUGAUAUGAAAAAUGAAGAAGAACAUCAAGAUCAAUUAGCAAAUAACCUCAAAAUCGAACAAAGAAACAGCAAAGAGCUCAUGCAAAAGCUUGGUCUGCAAGAAACGAAAGUUACAAGGCUUGAACAGGAGAUAAAACAUCUGAAAGAAGAAGAUGCCACAAGAAAAGACACUGCUUUGGCAAAAUUAGAGCAAUUGAGAAUGGAUAUCCUCAAUAUUAUUGCAGAAAACAGAAAGAAAAUGGAUAAAAUCAAUCAAUUACGUUCUGGAAGCGCAUCCAAACUUAAAUUCAACAGCCCAAUCGAAAACCUCUGCAUGAGUAUCCAUGAACAAGCUCAGGAACUCAAUAAGGAAGUAGAAAGACUUACAAAUGAAGAGGAACAACUCAAAUCUGAACUUAACAAAUUGAACCUUGAGUAA